AUGGCUAUACAACUGCUCUUUUACAGAUUUCCGUUGCGAAAUUCUGAACGCAAUGCUAAAUGGAUAAAAGCUGUUGGACAAAAAGGCUUUAUUCCAACAAAAAAAUCAUGGUUAUAUAAAAAUCAUUUUUUGAAAACGGAUUUUAAAACUUCAGUUGGUGGUACUUAUAAGCUAUUAUUGUCUGAUGAUGCUGUACCAUCAAUAUUUAACAUGAAUGUUGUUCAAACACCAACCAAAAUAUAUUGCUCAGAAAUUUGUAAACCAACUUCAAGUGAAUUAACUACUACAAAGUUAUCUACAUCAGUUCAAGAUGAACCCCUAUGCCUAACUCCAAAAACACAUUUGUGUUUUAAAAGUGCUGAAGAGGAAUUUUCAUUAAUCUCCACUCCUUCUAAAUUUAAAUUAUUAAAGCAACAAAUCAGACGUAAAGAUACUAAAAUUAAUACAUUAGCAGGUCUUUUAAAGUUACUAAAAGACAAAAAAGUAUUAAACAUGGAAUCUGAAGAACUUAUAUUAGACAAAUUUGACGGACUUUCUCAAGAAUUAUUUUCCAACAUUCGUAAAAAUCAAAAUACUGACCCAAAAGGUAGACGUUAUAGUAAGACUAUUAAAGAAUUUUCGCUUACAUUAAAUUACUACUCUCCUAAAGCUUAUGAGUAUGCACGGUUAGUUUAG